AUGAGCCAGAGGAGCGAGGGCCGUAAUGGCAUUCGAGGUUGCGGCGGCUCCCUCCUCAAAUUUGGCAUGCUCACCUGCUCUUCCAUGACGAUGACCAGGAGGCCCUCUUCCAAGAUGACAACGGGGCCGAUGAGGCAGGAGGCGGAGGUGGACGUGGCGCCGCUGGACGUCGACGACGCGUGUAUCCCAUGCAACGUAAAGGUGAAAUUUAAUAAUGCAAUAGGUGAUACUUUGCUCUUCAAGGAUGAUAAGGGGCGGUCAUUUGAAGCUGAAGUUAAGGAUUAUGAGGAUGGUGAAGAUGAUGUGGAUGAUGAGGAUAGUGAGGAUGGUGACGAUGAUGAGGAUGGUGACGAUAGUCAUGAUGACGAGGAUAUCCAUGACGAUGAGGAUGGCAACCAAGAAGAUGAAGAUAGUCAUGAUGAUGAAGAUAUCCAUGACAAUGAUGAUGACCAAGAAGACGAGGAUAGUCAGGAUGCUUACGAUGAUGUUCCAUUCAAUACUCCAAUUUUCCUCAAAGAAUGA